AUGACCGACUACGCGAAGAUGAAGAACGCCGAGCUUGAGGCUCUCCUCAAGCAGCGGUCGCUCCCCCACACCGGCAAGAAGGCCGACAUGGUCGCGCGUCUCCAGGAAGCCGACAAGGCCGAAGCAGACAAGGCCGCCCCCGAGAAGCCCGCUGCGACCACGGCGGCGGCGCCUCCCGAAGACGAGAUUGACUGGGACGAUGACACCACCGACGCGAAGCCCGCCGCCGCCGCGGCGACCACCGAGGCCUCCGCCACUGCCAUCAAGGCCGGCGGCCAGGGUGCCGUCGCAAACCCCCAGGCCGUUCCGAACCAAGUUGCCGACGUCGACCCGUCCAAGACCGAGGAUCUGUCUGUCAAGGCACCCGAGCCUGACGCAGCCACGGAUGCGCCCACCACCGAGAAGCCCGCCGAGGCGCCUGUUGAGAAGAAAGAUUUCACUUCUGGAUUGAAGGAGACGACUCUGGACGAGGAGUUGGAGAAGCGCAAGGCGCGCGCAAAGAAGUUCGGCCUCCCCGAAGAUGACGAGGCUGCCAAGCUGCUGGAAAGGGCCAAGAAGUUCGGCACCGAUGCUGCCGCGUCUGGUCCCAGGGGACUUAACGAGGCUCUGCCUGAGCGCCGUCCCAAGCGCGGAAGAGAUGCUGGAGACGAGGGUGCCCGCGGUAACAACAAGAGGCGGGGCCGUGGCGGUCGCUUCCAGGGCCGGAGGGGAGGUGGUGGUGAACGCGGCGGUGAACGCGGCGGCGAACGCAAGGGUAACGAUUCAGCAAAGAGCAAUGCUGGUGGUAGCGGCACAUGGAUGAACGCAGAGGACAAGGCCAAGGCCGAGGCCCGCAAGGCUCGCUUCGCCGGCGCUCCCUCCGCUUCCUGA